GCAUAGAUUUCAAACUAAGGAGUUCUUUUGAACUGCUUGACAUUGUUUCGAUCACUGUUAAUGGUCAGCACGAUUUGGAUAAGUUGAACAGUUUAGACAUCGUAAGAAAUAUUCGGCCUGUGUCGAUAGUAGAACGACCGAAAGCUGCGGAUAACCAAAUUACAAAUCCAAUUUCUGCAGGUAACCAAAUUGAUACUACAAAUCCAAUUUCUGCUGAUGAAUUGACCGGGGUUGCCGAAGUUCGAGCACAAACAAAUUACACUGGAAAAAACAUCAAAGUUGGAAUAAUUGAUACUGGAAUUGAUUAUACACAUCCCGCAUUCGGUAACUGUUAUAAGACGAAAGGAUGUAAAAUUCAAUUUGGAUAUGAUUUUGUCGGUGACGCGUUUAAUGGUACUAAUACUCCACAAAGUGAUGAUGAUCCAUUGGAUCAAUAUAACGGACAUGGAACGCAUGUUGCUGGAAUUAUUGCUGCUGAUGAUAAAAUCAAAAACUUUACUGGCGUUGCGCCCGGUGUAACUUUGGGUAUAUACAGAAUUUUUGGGUGCAAUGGUACAACAAACAUUGAUUUAACUAUUAAAGCAAUGGAACGAGCAUAUAACGAUGGGAUGGUUAUCAUCAAUCUUUCACUUGAAGAAUAUGGCUGGUCAGAAAGUCUCGUAUCCGUGGCCGCUGAAAAACUAAUAUCUAAAAGGUUAGUUGUAAUAAUCGCAAGUGGUAAUGAUGGUCAAGGAAUUUUCCAAACUUCAUCUCCCGGAGUUACUUCAGUUGAUAAUUCAAAAGUCCAAUCAUAUUAUUUAACAAUCAGUUCCUCACCUGACAAAAAAUUUACAUAUACGACUACACAGUUUAACAUUAGCGGAAAUCCUGAAAUCGUAGCCACAAGUGAUAAUACUAAGGUGACCGAUGACGCGUGCGAAGAUCUACCAGCAAAGUCGUUAAUCGGAAAAAUAGCAUUAAUUCGUCGUGGAACCUGUACUUUCGCACAAAAAGUGGCUAAUGCUCAAGCAGCUGAUGCAAUCGGAGUCAUAAUAUAUGAUAAUGAAAUUCCCACUAUUAUCACGCGAUUUAUAGAUGCGCCAGAGUUAAAAAUUCCAUUCGCCUUAAUUAAAGCAGAGGAUGGUGAAUUGAUAUUCGAUCAUAUAUAUAAGAGCAAGAAUGUUGCGGUUACUUUUUAUAAUGAAACGCUGCCAUUUACGAAUCCAACAAAUAUUAAGCCUGAAAUUGCUGCGCCGGGUGGUGCAAUUUUUAGCACAUAUCCCAUUAAACUUGGUUCUUAUAAAAUAUCAUCUGGUACAAGUUUUGCAGCCCCGUAUAUAACAGGUUGUGUGGCUAUUCUUUUCGAGGCAAAGGGUAAAUUGAGUGCAGAUGAAACAAAAAAAUUGCUUAUGAAUACUGCGCAUUCAAUUGAAGUAUUGGCUACUUCAAAUCAAACAGCAACGCAAACAUCGAUUACCGGACAAGGUGCUGGACUAGUUAAUUUAUUGGAUGCAUUAUCUUCAACUAUCAGCAUCUCACCUCCUAAGCUACCAUUAAAUGAUACCGCGAAUUAUAAAGCUUUAAACACAUUAAAUGUUAAAAAUUCUGGAAAAGAUAUUGUGAAAUUAACAGUUACACAUGUUGGAGCGCAAGCAGUAAGUGGAUAUAAUUUCACGGAAUCAUUCGUGCCACGAGGAAUACCAGUAUAUCAAGACUCAUUUGCAGAGGCAAAUAUCUCAGAAUCGUCGAUUGUGCUUGGACCUGGACAAUCAAAGAAUAUUAAAAUUACAAUCAAGCCUCCAGCUGAUUUAGAUAACGAUUCAUAUUUUAUUUUCUCGGGAUUUAUCAUCUCAGAUAAAGCCGGUAAUAAAUCAUAUAGUGUUCCGUAUAUGGGAAUGAAAGGAAUCUAUAAAACACUUCCAAUCCUUGAUACCGCAGUUGGUGCACCACUCAUUCUAACAGAGGACGCCGAAAUAUAUCAAAAUAAUAGUCAAAUUGUGACUUUUACUUUACAAGAUGUAGUUCCUGCGGACACCAAAGUUCAAUCAAAUGUUGGCGAGCUAAAUAAUCGCAUUUCGUCAGCCGAAAAAUCUAAAAGAUCACUUGGUAGAUUAUAUAGACGAAUUCCUCAGGAGGAUCAAGUUACCAACGAGCAGACAGAUAUGGGGCAGACAAAUUUAACGCAAUCAGAUAUUCAAAUCAACAGUAAUUUAGUUCCGGACUCAUUAGGUAAAAUAGCAACAGAGGGUGUAAGUUAUUACGCUUCACGAAAUCAAGAUGCCGGGCCCUUGAGUAACUAUACUUUUAUCUGGGAAGGUAAAGUGGAUACUGUCGAUGGUAAACGUGAUAUUGACGUUCCAAACGGAUCACACCGACUAGUGGUGUCAGUCUUGGAAUUAUAUGGCGAUGAAAGGAAUAAAAAAGAUUGGGAAAUAUGGGUUAGUCCACGAUUGGAUAUUCAACAUUCAUAA